AUGGAAAUCCUGGCUCCCAACUCAGCCUUCUAUGAGACCUCCCAGGUGAAAAGAACCUGGACAGUGAAUACAUUUUUACAGUGUGGCAAAGGUGGACGUCUAGGCUAUUCACUCAGCCUUUGCUGGCCAGGGAACCAACAAUUCAAAUUGAGGAAGCAGCAGCAGCAACUACUAAAGCAACCAAACCAGACCCUGCCAUCCAAGAAUGUGCACAUCUCAACCACAAAGUCAAUCAGUCUUCAUUAUUUUUCUCCUGCAGUUUCAGAUUUCUGUAGCUCCUUUCCACAUCAGCCCUUAGGCCCUUUCAACUGGGCAUGGGACUCUCAUCACUGAGAUAUCCAAAUAUAAAAUCCUUAGUUGGAGAAGCUAGUGGCCUCAGUGUCUGCUUUGUACUCUGAUACCUAUGACAUAGCCUAAAUCAUGAAAGUGUACAGUUUUCCUGAUGAGGGUGAGACAUCCUGCUAUUCUUUUCAUUGUCUGUAGAAGUAUCCCUCACCAACAAGAUACCAGCUAGAAGAAAAGAGUUCCUCUCUCCACAUCUGUGCUGGUCCAGCUGUAGGUCUAUCUCCUGGACAAAUCAGGUCGAGUAUGACAAGCUGGGGCUGCAGUCUAAGAGAUUGCCUGGAAUUCUAGAAUAACUCCAAUAUGGUGGAGUUUGGAUUUCUCUGAUCAAAGUACAAAGAAAUACCAAUCAUAUAGAAAAAGGUUCUUGUCUCUUAUACACGCCUCUUUUCUUUCCUUUGUAUGCUUCUAAACCCAAAUGUAUGGGUCAGUGUCACUUUUAUUCAGAAGUGUAAAAACUAGAGAUGCUUUAACAAGUAUAGCUCAGUACUACACAUCAGCCCCACAACUCUCCCAGGAGAUAGGCCUUCCUAAUUCCUUAGAUGGCCAAAGAGACUCCAAAAUUCCCUCUUCUCAAAACUAUCUUAAACUUUUAAUUAAUUUUUAAUUUUGUUUUUAUUUUUUAUUUUAUUUUUUUAGGAUUUUAAAAGUUUUUAUUUAAAUUCCAGUUAGUCAACAAUGCAAUAUUUGUUUCAGGUGUACAAUAUAGUAAUUCAACAAAAUAUACAACACGUUGUGCUCAUUAAAACAAGUGCACUCCUCAAUCCCUAUCACCUAUUUAACCCAUCCUCCUACCCACCUCCCCUCUGAUAACCAUCAGUUUGUUCUCUAUAGUUAGAAGUCUGUUUCUUGGUUUGCCUCUCUUUUUUA